GGGAAAAAAAAAAAGGAGGUAUUAUUACGCAUACUAAUUACGGGAUUGAGAGUGUUGUGUUCUUUGAACUUUGAAGGUCUCUUCGAAAAUGGCGGACUGAUCUUUGUUGUGGCGGAGCUUCUUUCUGGAAGCUUCUCCGCCGUCUUCUUCAUCGCUGAUUCCCCGAGAGCAACCCCUCUUUGUCUCCUCAUCUUCUAUAUCGCUCCCGCUCGACGCCGUGCUGUUCGGCGACUACAGCUCCGCUUCCUCCUCGCCGCUGGAGCCUGGUUCACUUCUAUUCCCUUCAGAAACGUUGGAAAAGCAGCAUUGUUAUCCAUUUUUUGUUAUCGUAAGAUCAAGAUAUUCAUUUCCACUUUUAUCGUAAAUUAGGGUUUAUGCACUUUCCCCAAAUUCUCUGCCUAUCUUCGCUGUAAAUUACCAUGAAUUUUCUCUCAAUCUCUCGCCACUUUUCAACCUGCAAGAAACCCAAUUUCGGAAUUAGCAACGUCCUUCUCUUCUCUACUGCUUCGUCUUCGUCAUUAGCUGCUUCACAAUUCAUGACCCAUUUGCAGAAAAACGGACCCAACAUAGAGAAAUCCUUGAACUUAGUCAAAGCCGAAUUGGAUGCCCCUUGUGUCACUCGGGUUUUGGAAAGCUUUUCAGUUGAAAACCGCCAAAUGGGUCUCAGAUUCUUCAUAUGGGCCGGGGUUCACCCUUCCUAUAGACACUCAACAUACAUGUAUAACAAAGCUUGUAACUUGCUGAAAGUUAAGGAAAACCCGAAUAUCGUUACUGAUGCUUUUGAGGCUUAUGAGGUGGAGGGAUGCAUAGUCAGUGUAAAAAUGUUUAGGGUUGUGUUUAAUUUGUGUAGAGAGGCUAAAGAUGCAGGCUUGGGGUUGUGGGUGUUGAGGAAAAUGAAGGAUUUUAAUUGCAGGCCAGACAUGAUUGCUUAUAAUGGAGUGAUUAGGUUGCUGUGUGAGAAGGGGGAUAUAGAUGGGGCAAUGGGAUUGAUGAGAGAGAUGGGCUUGAUUGAUCUUUACCCUGAUAUGGCCACUUAUGUUAUGAUGAUCAAGGGUUUGAGUGAGGUGGGUAGGUUGGAGGAGGCUUGCAGGUUGGUUAAAUCGAUGAGAGGGCACGGUUGCUUGCCCGGUACAGUGGUGUAUUCCGUGCUUCUUGAUGGGAUUUUGAGGUUUGGGAGUCUGGAAAGGGCGAUGGAGUUGUUGGAGGAAAUGGAGAAAGAAGGCGGCGAUUGUAGACCAAAUGUUGUUACCUAUACCACUCUGAUUCAGGGGUUUGUUGAAAAAGGCUGUUCGGUAGAGGCAAUGCCUAUUUUGGGUCGAAUGGAGGAUUUGGGGUGUAAGCCGAAUAGAGUAUUGANAUAUAAAUUAUAA